AACAAUUAGAUGCAUGUCCCUAGGUUAUUUGUCUAUGCUCGUAUCGUCAAGCAAUGCAAGCUCGUUGCAAGAAGUGAGGUGCGUGUGUUACUCUCGUGCUUGGCGUUAUUGUUUUGAGCGGCUGUGUAAAAAUGGCAGAUGAUAAGGCCGGUCACGAAGUUGUUGGAAACCAGGAUAAUUCUACACUAUCCGAACACGAUCCACAUUUUGAACCAAUCAUUACGCUGCCAGAGGUUACAGUGUCAACAAUGGAAGAGGAUGAAAUUGAAAUGAUUAAAUUGCGAGCAAAAUUGUUCCGUUAUGAUACAACUGAGUUGCCUCCGGAGUGGAAGGAGAGAGGAACUGGAGAUGUGAAACUUCUCCGACAUUCAGAGAAGAAUUGUGUUCGUGUUGUGAUGCGUAGAGACAAGACUCUGAAGAUAUGUGCCAACCACUAUGUAACACCUUGGAUGGAACUAAAGCCAAACUGUGGCAGUGAUCGUGCUUGGGUUUAUAGUGUCCCUGCUGAUUACGCAGAUGAAGAGAUUCGACCUGAACUCUUAGCCAUCAAAUUUGCAAAUUCAGAGAAUGCCAAGAAGUGGAAGGAUAAAUUUGAGGAAGCCAAGAUGAUAGUGGAAACACAGUGUGAACUUUAUGCUAAGGAAUUGUCAAAGAAUGUGAAUCUUGAAGAUGAUGAUGAUGCUGAUGAUUCAGGAUCAGUUGAAGAGACUGAACCAAAGUCUGAUGAAAACACUGCUUCAGAGACUGACAAGGUGACAUGUGGUCUGGAGAAAUUGAAGGUGGAUGAAAAGGAGACACCAACUAGUGAUAAGGUGGCAGAAGCCAGCUCUAAUGGAGUUGAUAAUCAGAAGGAAUCUACUGCAGCAGACUAGGUUUGGUAUUCUCACAUGAUUUGUUGAAGAAACCAACUUGAUAUUAAUUAAAACAAGUUGUAUUGAUCUGGACCAUUCACUGUGUUUGAUAAUAAUGGUAUGUUCAGAGUAUGCAAGAUUAAAACGAGGAAGUUGUUUUGGAUAAAAAGUAAAGCAGUUUAUAAUGCUGUGUGUGUGUGUGUGUGAACAAUUUUUAGAAAAGCCGACAAAAUGGGAUAGUUUUAUACAGUGGCCUUAUUCUGGUUCCCACUCCCCACCCUCAUGUUUGUCGAAAGAUUUGUAGUACAUAAAAAUGUCAGCAAUCAUUUUUCUUUCUAAAAUGAUCAGUAUUUUGCAACAGCUCACAUAAUUUACACAUAUAAAAUGCUUAUUUUAUAUGAAUUGCACAUAGUAUUCAGGAAAUAUUAUGUUCAGGGUUGAUUCUUUAUCAUCUUGCUUGUAACUGAUCAUAUAAGUCUGUUGUUAUUAGCUUUAGUCAGUCUUUACAGUAGGUAAAUGCAGAUGAAUGAGGAAAUAAUUCCUUUUGGCACAAGUUUGCUUGUUUGUCAUAUACAGUGUUUCCUUUGCAGUUAAAAAAAUAAGAAGUGGAUAUUCAAAGGCAUGUUGAAUUAACUGUCAUGUAUCAGUGUAACUGGCAGGGGUGAAUUUCUGGCAAGUACUUGUGUAUGAGUGGGGUACCAGUGGAAGACAAAAACCACAGCCUAUUCUUUUUAAGGUGUAUUUGCAUAUUUUAGUUCGUUUUUGUAUUGGUGUUUGUAAGCAUCAUAAUUUGCUGUUGUUACAAGUAAAGGAUCAGAUAGUUAUAAGAACUCAUUGUUUAUAUUUAUUCCAUUACUCAAUAGGGUAGUGAAUUUAACCUUCAGUGGACAGUAUCUGAGUAAAAGUGUUCUAUGCAUACCACAGUUCCAAAUGAAGUAAUUCAAUAACAUCUGCUAUUUUUCCCUUAGAAUCCAACAGAUUACACUAGUAUGUUUUUUAUGUCAUCACCCAAAAAUUGUGUUAUGGCUUUUAGAAAUUGCCAUAAAUCCAGUAAUUGUGUCAAGUGCUAAAAUAUUUUUUUAGUUGACCAUUACUUUAGGGAUUUAUAGUGAGUGAUAGAGUGUUAUAUCCUGGAUAUUACAUAAAACGUGAUCAAGAGAUACAACAGAGGACAUAUCUGAUGGUGCUAUAUAUCAUACAGAACACAGACUAUAUUUAAUAUGUCCUGGAAUGUUAUAAUUGCAUAAUUAUUCUGUGGUAAUACAUGCAAUAGAGUAUUAAAAUGUAACUUAUUUUCCACAGUCUGUCGUCACACCCAAUUCAUCCAUUUCCCAGGUGAUUGAUAACCACAACUUUUAUUCCUUAUAGCACAAAAUUCUUCUAUAUAAUGUUUAAAAAUCUCAUUCCCACUACCAAGUAGACUUGAAAGCACAGCAAUCUGUAAAUUGAUUUUAUAUGAAAAAUAAGAGGUUGUUGACCACAAGGCACAUACUCGUAAUUUACGAAAAUUCCACUACACUGUAAAGAGUUAAGGUUCUUAAAAUAUUGUUUUAGAUUUUAGAAUAACAUCACUGUUGUAUUAGUAAUCAGAUUUUUUUGGCUCAGUGUUACACUAAAAUCAUUCCACUAUGCCUUAGAAAAUGGUUAGGGUUCUUUCUCCCCAUUCAUGCUGUCUAGAAAGUUACUCUUAUAAUACUUUUAUGUGUUGCAUGCAGCAUUAAAGUGUAGCAGUAAUAUGUAUUCUUUGUAUGGGGACAGAUUGAUUGGGAAUGGAGAAUCCAACUCACAUGGAAAGCCAUAUAAUUAUAUUUAAGUUGCCAUAGACACCAAGGUAAAUUUGAGUAGAAUCAUAGGUUAAAUUUCUGCUGAGAUAAUUUGCUUUUGAUAGUAAGAUAUUUUACUCCAUUCUGACUUUACUCUGAAACCAUAAUUAACACACUGACUUCCACUUACAAAACCGUAGCCCCCAGGGAUAUUUGAAUUGUACAAUUUUGCUUUCAGUUCUGUACAUGUGGUUUCUGCAUUAAUAAAUUGAUGUGAAACA